CCUCCCAUUGGUCCGAUACUGUGAGGGCGUAUACCCUCCGCCUCGCUAUUAGCCGACCUACUUAACGUGCCCGGCGAUCCGCCAAUGGCUGCUCCCAUUUCAAAUCCGUCACGUAUGAGAGCGGCAACGGGAUUGGCUUGCGGAGCGUUGAGUCCCGCCUGCGCGGAGCGGAGCCCCUGGGAGCAGGCGUUUAAAGAUGGCGGCGGCGGCGCGGCGCGGGGGGAGGUUUCUGUGAGGCGGCCGCGCUCGGCGCCCCCUCCCCUUCCCUCAGCCCGUCCCGGAGCGGGGGCGGCGGGCAUGGCCCAGGUUGAAAGAAGAAAGGGAGACCUGUUUGUCCAGUGAAGAUGCAGUCUUAGUCUUCAGCUAUUUAAGCUGAAUGCAUUGUGAUUUCCAAUAAUUGAGACAGUGAUUCUGAAAGCUGUCUACAUUAAUGAAAAGAACAAUGUAGUCAGCUUAACUGAAUCAUCAGUGUUGCAUAUUGAAUAGAACAUGAUAAACCAAUCUUGAUGGACUUAUGCAUGUUAGGAAUAUAGAUAUAAACAUUUAUUUAAAGCAUUGUUUCUUUUUUAAACAGUAGUUUUGCAGUUUUAAAAAUGGAGAAAUAUGAAAAUGUACCACCCCUCCCUAAAGAACCUGCAAGAGAAAUGAAUGUGGAGAAUCACACUUGUCCCCCACCUCUGCCGCCUAAUGAACAGCCUCCACCACCUCCCCUGCAAACGUCCAGUGACGCAGAGGUAAUGGACGUUGGCUCUGGUGGUGAUGGACAGUCAGAUACCCCUGCUGGGGACACGCACAGUAUCUGCAGAACUCAGCUUCUCACAAAGGGAUCUGCCUGCUACAAAAGUCGUCUUAUAAUAGACCCUAACAAUAGUGACCAAAGCCCAAGAACUGCUCGUCAUGCACCUUCAGUUCGAAAGUUCACCCCAGAUCUUAAGUUGCUUAAAGAUGUAAAGAUUAGUGUUAGCUUUACAGAAAGCUGCAAAAGCAAAGAUAGGAAAGUUCUUUACACUGGAAUUGAGCAGGAUUAUAAGGCAGAUGCAGAUUUUGGUAUUAAUAAUGUCAAUGGGGAUUUGCAUGUUUGUCCUUUUGGUGGUAGUAAUGGGAAAGCUGUAGGAACAGGGGGUGAAAAUGACGACAAGAAGGAUGAUGAAAAUGAUGUUGAUCAGGAAAAGAGAGUAGAAUAUGCAGUUCUGGAUGAGCUAGAAGAUUUUACGGACAACUUGAUGGAAAUAGAUGAAGAAGGCGGAGGGUUCACAUCUAAAGCAAUCGUUCAAAGGGAUAAAGUGGAUGAAGAAACCUUGAAUUACUCAUACGAGGAUGACUUUGAUAACGAUGUGGAUGCUCUACUGGAAGAGGGUCUUCGUGCACCCAAAACAAGGAGACUAGAAAAUGAGAAAUAUGGUGGUGAAAGCGAUCACCAGUCUGAUGGAGAAACAAGUGUGCAGCCAAUGAUGACCAAAAUUAAAACUGUACUUAAAAGUCGUGGCCGCCCUCCUACAGAACCUUUGCCAGAUGGAUGGAUCAUGACAUUCCAUAACUCAGGCAUUCCUGUAUAUCUGCACAGAGAAUCUAGAGUUGUCACCUGGUCUAGACCUUACUUCUUGGGAACAGGAAGCAUAAGGAAACAUGAUCCUCCCCUUAGUAGCAUUCCCUGCUUGCAUUAUAAAAAAAUGAAGGAAAAUGAGGAAAGGGAACAAAAUAAUGACAUAACCCCAAAUGGGGAAGUAUCACCUGUAAAGCACAUAGAUAAAUCUUCAGAACUGGACUGCCAAACAGAAGAACCAGAUUCCACUGCUGCUGAUUCUGGGCCUUUAGAUGACAAAGACCCCUCGGGGGGAGAUGCAGCACAAGGAGCCUUGGGACAAGUUAAGGCCAAAGUUGAAGUAUGUAAAGAUGAAUCUGUAGAUCUGGAAGAUUUUAGACACUAUCUUGAGAAACGUUUUGACUUUGAACAAGUUACCGUAAAAAAAUUCAGAACCUGGGCUGAGAGACGGCAAUUCAAUCGUGAAAUGAAGCGGAAGCAGGCAGAAUCUGAGCGGCCUAUUCUGCCUGCCAAUCAGAAACUCAUUACCUUGUCUGUGCAAGAUGCACCUACAAAGAAAGAAUUUGUCAUUAAUCCCAAUGGGAAAUCUGAAGUUUGCAUACUGCAUGAAUAUAUGCAACGAGUCCUAAAGGUUCGCCCUGUUUACAAUUUCUUUGAAUGUGAGAACCCAAGUGAGCCUUUUGGAGCCUCAGUGAUUAUUGAUGGAGUAACUUAUGGGGCAGGAACUGCCAGCAGCAAAAAACUUGCCAAGAAUAAAGCUGCUCGAGCUACACUGGAAAUCCUUAUUCCUGACUUUGUUAAACAGACCUCUGAGGAGAAGCCCAAAGACAGUGAAGAACUUGAGUAUUUUAACCAUAUCAGUAUUGAGGACUCACGGGUAUAUGAACUGACCAGCAAAGCUGGACUUUUGUCUCCAUAUCAGAUUCUCCAUGAGUGCCUUAAAAGAAACCAUGGAAUGGGUGACACAUCCAUAAAAUUUGAAGUGAUUCCUGGUAAAAAUCAGAAGAGUGAAUAUGUCAUGACUUGUGGCAAGCACACGGUGCGAGGCUGGUGCAAAAAUAAAAGAGUGGGGAAACAAUUAGCUUCACAGAAAAUCCUUCAACUACUGCAUCCACACGUGAAAAAUUGGGGCUCUCUUUUGCGUAUGUAUGGUAGAGAGAGUAGCAAGAUGGUUAAACAGGAGACCUCUGAUAAAAGUGUGAUAGAGCUUCAGCAGUAUGCCAAAAAGAACAAGCCAAAUCUGCACAUCCUAAACAAGUUACAGGAAGAAAUGAAAAAAUUGGCACAAGAAAGAGAGGAAACACGAAAGAAACCCAAGAUGACAAUAGUAGAAUCGGCUCAGCCUGGUAGUGAACCUCUAUGUACUGUUGAUGUAUAAUGAAAAAAUUUCCGAGUGGGGAGCAAUAACACAAAUGGAGGAACUAGAUUUUCAACAACUAUUUAAAAAUCUGUUUGCUGCAGAAUGCAAGAUAACUUUUAAAAUCCAAGCUGCUUCAGUUAUGCAUUGUUCUUUUUGCAUCAUCAGGGCAAUAUUACUUUUUUCUUUUUUCUUUUUUUUAUACCUCUGAGAUAUGUACGUUUAAAGGAUUGAUCAUAAAGAUCUCUACUUGGGCAAAUGCACAGAGGACAGGCAUGUUCACACAGGAUAAAUUCAAGCAAGCACUUUUUCCUUGAAAACCAUCCAUGUUGUUUGAAAUGGAUGUGUUUUAAGGAUGAAAUUCAGAAUUUCUAUGUACAGGUUAAAGCUGAUACUAUAUAUAUAUAUACACACACACACACACACACACACACACAUAUAUAUGUAUAUAUAAAAGAAAUAUAUGUACAUCUUCUUGUAUGAACAUGCCUAAAACUAUUUUUGUGAAAAGUUUUGUUGCAUUUCAGCACAUAAUAAUAUGCACUGAUAAGACACUUUGGUGACAAAUACAUGAAAAUGAUGAGCAAUGUUCCUAAUGCCAUAGGAUUAGGCCAGUAAUGCUGUUUUUUUUUUUUGUUCUGUUAUUUCGUCUCCUGCCAGGCUUAGUUAUUCAAGAUCACAGUAUGCAGAUUUUUUUACUACUUGAAAAGAACAAGUAUACCUGGUAGUGUUAAGAGCAACAGGCUGGAUAUUCAAAAUUAUUGGGAUUUAUGUUAACUGAAAAGAGCCUAUGUUAGUUUACAGAUCAGCUGAAAGGGGAAAAAUAAGGCUCUACUUACUAGAUUGAAAUGAAAACUGCAAUUUGAAAGACUGUUUUCAAAGCUUGGAGCCAAAAUGUAACUGAACAUGGUUGGCAGUCUGAAAAUAUUUUGCCAGUAUGGUGUUUAAACACGUUCCACUCCCUUUUCCCAGCAAUAAAAAGUUUCUCAUUUCAUUGGAGUCAGAAUACACCUGACUUAAGUCUUAAUUUGCACCAUAAAAUAAAAAUUUAAAAAAAAAUAAAAGAAAAAAUUAGGAAUAAUAACAACUCUGAGAAAUCUGAAAUAACUGCAGCAAUUUAGUUUUUUUUAAAAAGCUUUGUUUUUACUUUUUUAAUUACAUUUUUAGUUUUCGAAGAAAAAUGUAACUUCUGCAAUGAAAAUUAGAAAGUAGAUUUGGAAUAUGACAUAGAGUAAUGAGUAGAAUGAGACCAUAACAAGUUUUACUGAUAAAUAGGAAAAUCACAAAUAUGCAACUAUUAUAAAAUACAAUCUUAGAGGACAGGCAGUACUCACUAUGUCAUCUGAGGCUUUAUUGUAUUAAGCACAGAAGAAAUAGUUUUGGCUGUAGUGAAAGCACUGCUUUAUGAGGUUUUUCCUUCAUUUGGUGUUGUUUACUGGGUGAUUGCAGUAAGUCUUCUCUUAGAACCAUUUUUGUGGAUUCUUUGGUCUGUUAUAGAAGAAGAGAAUAAAAACCAAGGUGGUGGUAGGGCUUCAAUGAUUUACCCAAGAGUUGUACUGGUAUAUUUUACACUCCUGUAGGAGUGAAAGAGGUCAGUUUUUAAUUGCUCCUGGUACUUACCUGGACAGUGGUCUGGGGGCUUGGCGUAGGGAGGGGAGAAAGGGAGUGUUCUUGGUUUGUUUGUGUUAUUUUUAUUAUUAUUUUAUUUUAUUGUUUAAUACCAUGUUACAUAUAGAGUGCUGCAGUAUAAUCAAUAUUGUGCCUACUGGAUUUUAACGAUAUUGGCAUCAGUAUUGUCUACGCCUCCUUUAAGAUCAUGCCUGUUAUUUUGGAAAUACAUGGAUUUUGAUCUUUAUCUCAAGCUAAUGUUGCAUAUAAUGCUUGAGAUUAAAUGGGAGUCCUAGAGUCUUACCUGUUUCUAUUUGAAUGAUAUGCUCAGAGGUCUCUGCAAAUAUGAAUUCGCCCACUGUUCAUUAUUAUAUUUAGCUUUCCAGUUCUGCAAGUUGUAGUCCUGUUAUAGCAGGAUACGGGUAGUUGGAAGACUAUACAUAAAAUAUUAUUUAAAGAAGUGACCUAUCUAAAAAAAAAAACUGCCUCUGCUUUUUUUUUUGAAUUUAGUAUAGCUUUAAUAAAUUUUCAUCUUUUAAGAAAGGUGUAUAAUAUUGGUGCAGUAGUGACAAGCAGUGAUUACUGUUUGUCUCUGUUUUUUUUAUUUUUUUCAUAAAGACAGGGCUUAUAUCUUCUAUGCCUAAAUGUAUUACUGCGUUAGGUAGGGUUUACUUCAGCUUAUGUGUUUUCAGCAGGAAAAACCUUUACUUGGACAGCACUGUAAAAGACAAAUCACCCUUUGUAGAUCCUUUAUUUUUCUGAAAUCAGAAUGUCAAUGUUUUUGCAGAUCACCUGCAGAAUAUACAUAGAUGCCUCACUUACAAAUUUGAUUUCAUUAUUUUUAAGAGGAUUGCUGUAUUACCUCAGUCUGCCACUAUCAGAAUCACAAUGUGACCAUUGCCCUUAAUAAAAACAUCCAGAGAUUUCAUUGUGAACCAAAGCCUAGAACAUAUAUUAUGCAUUCUAAACAAAAACAAACGAAAAAGAUGGUAUUAGACCUUGCUGCAGCCUUUAACUGGAGAGAUGUCCAGAAAAUAGCGCAAUAACUGCUGGAACAAACAACUUAACUGCUGUUUAUUGUCAUUGUGAAGUAUUCUUGUGUUUUAAUGUUUACUAUUGUUUGGAGUGUAACAGUCUUGCAUUUGCACAUAAGCACGAGCUGCUGUGAUAGAGGAUAGAUCAUUGCAUUAACUUCAGCUUCUGCAUGAACACUUACAGUGUGAUUCAAGAUGUAUCCUAAAUUUGUCUUGUAACUCUUGUGUGUUUUCUAGGUAAUCGGCUCUAAGGGUUUAGAUCUUGAUUAUAUGAAUGCAUAAAAACAGCUGCUGCUUUUGUCACUGACAUUUGUUCUUUAUCCCUUCUAUAUACGGAGGAGGAUGGGUAUUUUUAUAGGGAUGGAGUGUAUUUUUAAGAACUGUUCCAUCCUUUGGGAGUUACAGUUUGUGCUUUGCAUAUUAUGUGCUUCUCGACAAAAGUGUGGUAUAUUGACUUUAAGGGUUAAAUUAGUGUGCAUUCAAAUCUUUAUGGUACUGAUGGAAAACUUACUGUGACUUCCAGUGAAUAGUCAGAUGCUACCUAUUUAAACACCAGUAAUUCAGCUUUUUCUUACAUAUUUAUUAAACAAAACUGACAAAGUAGUUGGGUACUCAGAUAUUUGGGAAGACUAUUAUGCAUAAAAUUAAUUGUUGUAUGUAAACUUCCAGUUUCCUGUGAUGCUGUUAGGCUUUAUACAAAUAUAUUUGUAACAUCCAAGUAUUUAAAAGCAUGAUUAUAUCUUAUUAAUUCUCUAGACUGUACUUUGGUUCUAGAGCAAAAUUCAGGAAGUGAUAGCUGCCUAACUUGCUGCAGGAAGAAAUGUGAAAUGCAAGAAGCCAUGCUGUUCUUAACCAAAUAAAAUGUUCAGUUACAGUAUUCUGAUGUGUAUCUGAGAAGGGAAAGUGGAAAAAAAAAAUCAAUCUUAUUGCCCAAGUAGGUAACAAUGGUUGCUGUAUGAAUUGUAUUGGGUGCAGUUGCUUGAUGCCAGUGCUAAAUUGGUACAACUAUAAAGCCUCAUUUUCACUGAGCCUCUGCUUGCUUUUUUUUCUGCACAAUCAUAUAAGCCUAUGUGUUUGGUCUUUGAGUACUACAUGUGUAUUUUUCAGACAAUUAGUUUUGAGCAAUAAAGUUUGAUAUUAUAAAAUGGUGCAGUGUGAUCAGUAUUGUGAUAACUUAAGCACAUUUAGAAAAAGAAACUUUGAUCCUUUGCUUCCUGUAGAUAUAAUGAAAUACAAAUUAGAUCAGUAUGGGCUUACUGGUUAUGAAAGUAGUUGUUGAAUUACUUUUUUUAGAAAGGAAUUGAAUGCAUACAAGGUUAGACAUCACUUUAGGUGAAGUUGUGUUAAAAUUUUUUCUUGAAUUGGAAUUCAUAUUUUUACUUAAGUGAUGUCACAAUCUAAUGCUGCUAUUUUUGGUACCUGCUGUCAUGUGCCUAACUGGAAAGAAAGGAGCAUUAGCAAGUCUGUGCGUGCUGUACUAAAAGUUUUUUGUUCAGUCCAUAUUACAUGUACAUUAAAAGUACUUUCAA